AUGCUGAUGUCACAAUGCAACCGCACUGUGCUGCCCCACUGUCAGACAUUCUCACAGCUACAGCUAGUGUCAUCAUACAUCCCUGUGGCACUGUGUGCUGAGACAAUCUUGUCCAUCGAAGCCCUGUCCCUGUACCCUGUGAAGAGAAGAGAGGAAGCAGGGGGCUGGCGAACACUACGCAGAACCCCCUGUCAACACCAGGAAGAAGGAGCCAUGACCGCCCUCCGGGACAGCAUGUUAUUAGGAGGGAACACACGGAGGAAAGAACUCACCAAUGUCACCAUGGCAGCCUUCAUGCUCCCCGUACAGCACCUCAAUGAGAUCACCCCUCUGAUUCUGCUGGAGUUCCACCCUGAGGUGGAGGCUGACACAGUGGACUGGCUCCUGGGGAAGAUCCUUACACCCGAGCCCCUGGGGGGACUAGACCUCUUGGCCAGAGUGAUCAGCCGGACCAGGGCCGGGGGUGCCAUCAUGGUGGUGGGGGCUACCCCAGAGCGGCUGCUCCUGGAGGCUGACGAGGACCUUCUGUUCAGACACAAGCCCUGCUGCCCUAUAGGAGGUCAGGCACGGGAGGUGGGGGACCUGGGGGGGACGCGCCCCACCGAGGGGGUGUAUGGGAUGCUGUCAUCGGCUGAGUGUGUGACCCUGGUGCAGAGGAUCCUGGCCAGGCUGAGAGUGGGGGAGGGGGAGGAAAUCCAGGUGUUCCAGCAGAUUCCCCUCCUCCCAGGAGAACCAGUGAUGUCCAGUCUGUCCCGCUUAAGAGUCCUAACUAGCAUCUACCCCCUACAUGAAGCCCCGCUGCUUCAGAGCCUCCAGGGGAGGUGGUGGGCUGGCUGGUGUGGCCUCAAACCCUUCAGCCAGAGAGAGCAUUGGCAGCUGCUGGAAGAUAUCAGGGCUUAUUUCGGGGAGGCGGUGGCCCUCUACUUUGGGUUUGAGGGUUCGCUGGUCAGGCUGGGGAACAACCUGGUCUUUUUCACCCUCUCCAGUGUGGUGUGGUCAGAGCUGUUCCUGCAGGGCUGGGGGGAGAAGAGCAAAGCCCUGCAGAGGGACUGGGGGACUGUGGUCACUCAUCAGUCACACAGUCACUCAUCAACAGCAGCAGCGGUGCCCAGGGUGGCACAGGGCACAGCACCACAACAGACCCUGAUCGAUGCCCACCCUUUUGGAAAGAUGAGCUUGAGGAGACUGCAACACUCCGUUGCCUUCCUAACCUGCACCCUAUGCCUCUCCUCCAUCCUGAUCCUGAUGUAUUUACACCUAGAUGGACUAGUGGGGGACUUCCUCCUGAGAGAAGAGCUCAGUUUCCUCUUUCACAACAUCCUUGUCUACCUCCCCAAAAUCGCCCUCACGGUUGCCAUGGCAGGGAUGGACUGUGUUGCAUUCCAACUGUCCCAAGGCCUCAGCCUUGAUCCCGAGCCACCAGGGCAACAGUCACCAAGGCAACAGCCCCUGCUCCCUGAGGUUAUCCUCUCCUGCCUCUUCAACCACUUUUCCGUCCACUUCUACAGGGCUCUGGUCCUGAAUGACCUCACCAUGGUGCGCUUCCACCUGUCUGUACAGCUGGCCACCCACCUGGGCAUCAAGCUGCUGUCCACCACACUAUUGUGCCGCCUGAGGAGGAUGAGGACGCCCCCUGGCUGCGCCCACCAGGAACAUCAGUCUCCUGUCCUUAGACAGAUCACAGAGCAGAGCAACAGACCACCGUGUGAGACCCAGACCUGGAGCUACCUGGAGCUCCUCAUCUCCUACUGCCACGUCAUGUUCUUCUCAAGCAUCUACCCCCAGUGUGCCCUCUGGUGCCUGUUGACCAUCAUAGCUAAAUCCUGCAUGGACUUGUGGCACCUGUGUUCAGGCGCACGCCGCCCCUUCCCCAGAACAUCCCCUGGGGGUAACGUUUUGUGGCAGCGGGUCUUCUGUGGCUUUGAGGCCCUGGCUGUCCUGCUCAACUCCCUCCUGCUGUGGUCCUCUCUGGAGUUCAGGCUUCUCUUCCUGAGCUAUACUGGGUGGGAAAUGCUCAGGGCCUUCCUCCUGCUGCAGCUGUUGCUGCUGAGCCUGAGAGGGGCGGUCACCUACCUGCUCCUCCACCUGGCCUGGUUUGUUGGCAGAAAGGCAGAGACUCGCCAACCCCACCUCCACAGGCUCCAUCACCCCCCGCACCACCAACAGCAGCAGCAGCACUCUCACAUACUGUAG